UUGGCCUGAACUGCCCGGGGAGGAUGUUGCCGUCGCAUUGGGGGUGGUGGCUGACCUCUUGCACUUUCGCCAAAGUCUUGGUAGCCUCGGCCGUCUUUGCCGAGAACGCCUCCUGGGCCGGAGCCUACGAUGCCGAGACAAAGGUCAAUAGCAGCUGCGAAGGAUCCAACAAAUGCCAACCGGGAGUGCUGCUCCCUGUCUGGCAGCCAGACAACCCAUCCUUUGGCGACAAGGCUGCCAGGGCGAUCGUCUACUUCGUUGCCAUGAUGUACAUGUUCCUGGGAGUCUCCAUCAUUGCCGACCGCUUCAUGGCGUCCAUCGAGGUCAUCACCUCAAAGGAGAAGGAGAUCACCAUCACCAAGUCCAAUGGCGAGACCAGCAUUGGAACUGUGAGGAUCUGGAACGAGACGGUCUCCAACCUCACCCUCAUGGCUUUGGGUUCGUCGGCACCGGAGAUCCUCCUCUCGGUGAUUGAGGUUUGCGGCCACAACUUCCAAGCCGGCGAGUUGGGUCCUGGCACCAUUGUGGGCAGUGCGGCCUUCAACAUGUUUGUGGUCAUUGCUGUGUGCGUCUAUGUUAUCCCUGCCGGCGAGAGCCGCAAGAUCAAGCACCUGAGGGUAUUCUUCGUCACGGCUUCCUGGAGCAUCUUCGCCUACAUCUGGUUGUACCUGAUCUUGGCCGUCUUCUCGCCGGGGAUCGUGCAGGUGUGGGAGGCCUUGCUGACCCUCGUCUUCUUCCCGGUCUGCGUGGUCUUUGCCUGGAUGGCGGACAAGCGCCUGCUCUUCUACAAGUAUGUCUACAAGAGGUAUCGGGCGGAUCCUCGCAGCGGCAUCAUCAUCGGCACCGAGGGCGAGUUCCCCAAGGGAAUAGAGAUGGACGGCAGCUUUGUGGGCAACGACCACCGGGAGAGCGUCUUUGUGGAUGGGAGCGCAGCCUCCGUGGCCCCACUCCCCAUCACCACCCAGGAGGAGAAGGAGCUGGACGAGAGCCGCAAGGAGGUCAUCCAGAUCCUCAAAGACCUCAAACAGAAGCACCCGGACAAGGAGCUGGACCAGUUGGUUGAGAUGGCCAACUAUUACGCCCUGUUGCACCAGCAGAAAAGCCGAGCUUUCUACCGCAUCCAGGCCACGCGGAUGAUGACAGGGGCAGGAAACAUCCUCAAGAAGCACGUCUCCGAGUUCUCCAAGAAGUCCGUGAACGUGCUGGAGGUGCCGUCGGAGGCAGAGGUGGAAGAGAACUACAGCAAGAUCUUCUUCGAGCCGUGCAUGUACCACUGCCUGGAGAACUGUGGCUCGGUCACGUUGACCGUGGCUUGCCAGCAGGGCGGCGACACCUACAACACCUUCUAUGUGGACUACAAGACGGAGGACGGCUCAGCCAAGGCGGGCUCUGACUACGAGUUCAGCGAGGGGACGCUGAUCUUCAAGCCCGGCGAGACGCAGAAAGAGCUGAAGAUUGGCAUCAUCGAUGACGACAUCUUCGAGGAGGACGAGCACUUCUUCGUCCGGCUGCUCAACUUGCGGGUGGGGGAUGCUGAGGGCAUGUUCGAGUCUGAUUCGGCCGACCACCCCAAGGGCAGGCUCGUGGCACCGCUCGUGGCCACUGUGACCAUUUUGGAUGACGACCAUGCCGGCAUCUUCACCUUCCAGGAUAAACUAUUGAGGGUCAGUGAGUGCCAAGGGACCCUGGAGGUCAAAGUCAUCCGCAGCUCGGGGGCCCGUGGGACGGUCAUGGUCCCCUACCAGACAGUGGAAGGGACGGCACGAGGAGGGGGAGAGGACUACGAAGACACCUGCGGGGAGCUGGAGUUCAAAGACGACGAAACAGUGAAAUCCCUUUACGUGAAAAUUGUGGAUGUUGAAGAAUAUGAGAAGAAGGACAGCUUCUUCAUAGAGCUGGGACAGCCACGCUGGUUGAAAAGGGGCAUAUCAGCCCUUUUGCUAAACCAAGGGGGGGGGUUUGACAUUUCUCAGAGCGUGGAUGCCGACAAGAAGCUCUCGGCCGAGGAAGAGGAAGCCCGGCGGAUCGCUGAGAUGGGGAAGCCCGUCCUGGGGGAAAACAGCCGCCUCGAAGUCAUCAUUGAGGAAUCCUAUGAUUUCAAGAACACGGUGGAUAAACUAAUCAAGAAGACAAACCUGGCUCUGGUGAUUGGCACACACUCCUGGCGGGAACAGUUUCUAGAGGCGAUCACCGUGAGUGCAGGAGACGAGGAAGAUGAGGAAGACGGCCGCGAGGAACGCCUCCCCUCCUGCUUCGAUUAUGUCAUGCACUUCCUGACGGUCUUCUGGAAGGUUCUCUUCGCCUGCGUGCCGCCCACCGAGUACUGGAACGGGUGGGCCUGCUUCAGCGUCAGCAUACUGGUCAUUGGGCUGCUGACGGCCCUCAUCGGGGACCUGGCCUCCCACUUCGGCUGCACUGUCGGCCUCAAGGACUCUGUCAACGCCGUGGUCUUUGUGGCGCUAGGCACUUCCAUACCAGACACCUUUGCCAGCAAAGUGGCCGCCCUCCAGGACCAGUGUGCCGACGCCUCCAUCGGCAACGUGACUGGGAGCAACGCCGUCAACGUCUUCUUGGGCCUGGGCGUGGCCUGGUCCGUGGCGGCCAUUUACUGGGCCUUCCAAGGCAAAAACUUCGAGGUGGAGACAGGCAGCCUGGCCUUCUCCGUCACCCUCUUCACCAUCUUCGCCUUUGUCUCCAUCAGCGUCCUCAUGUACCGCCGCCGGCCGCAAAUAGGGGGCGAGCUGGGGGGUCCCCGGACCCCCAAAAUCCUCACCACUUGCCUCUUCAUGGGCCUCUGGUUCGUCUACAUCCUCUUUGCCAGCCUCGAGGCCUACUGCCACAUCAAGGGCUUUUGA